AUGUACACGUUCAUGGGCGGCGACGCGGAGUACAGCGUGAACACGCAGCGGUGUACGCCAGGAAUGCUAACGGCGUCCUUGGGCUGCGUCUACCAGUGGAAUCAGGGCGCCUUCGCUGACCCGCUGGUCAGGGGCCGCGGUGCCUCGUUUUACAGGGGCUCACGGUUUAACGUCCCGGGCAACGGCCCGAUGAACGGGUACACGCCUCACUGGGCCGUUAUUAACCCUUAUUUCGGCCAGCCUUAUGUGCUAUCGCGUCUGCGUGUGAAGCAUCCAGCGGAAACGAUAACUUGGCACGACGCAGCAGAUAAUCCAAGGCUCACUCCUAUAAGGGCCAAACAACUCUUUGGCGUUGUCUGUGAGGUGCAGGAUGCGAUCACCACCACCACCACCACCACCACGAGGCCGCCAACCACCACUACCACCACCACGAGGCCGCCAACCACCACUACCACCACGACGAGGCCGCCAACCACCACUACCACCACGACGAGGCCGCCAACCACCACCACCACCACGACGAGGCCGCCAACCACCACCACGAAGAGGCCGCCAACCACCACUACCACCACCACAAGGCCGCCAGCCAACACAACUAAGUUGGCGCCGGAGGAGGUGGUGGUCCCGUGGGCGAAGAAGCACUGGUAUGUCCUUAUUCUUGCAGUCGUGCUGCCGCUUAUUGCGGCUCUUGCACUGAUAAUUAUCAUUUGCUGCUGUUGCUGCCGCGGUGUCGAUGAGUCCAAGUGGGUGACGCCCAUGGUCUUGCGGGAGGUGAGCGGCGAUGUGCGGUAUGCAGCCAACCAGAGGUGGGGAAGCGGGCUGGAUUCCUUUGAGGACCCAGUUUUCCCCAUGUGUCCUCCCCGUGAGCAGGGAAAUGGAGUCCUGCAGAAUUCUUGGAUGACACCCCCAGCACCCGCAGCGUACGCCUCACCGUCGUUCGGGCUGCCCAGUCGCUCCAGUCGCCGACGCACUUCAUCAGGUAUUUUUGCAGGUGUGGAGGUGCCAAGGGGCGACGAGAUCGCGGAAGGCUGGGACGAUGCCUCUCUUGGGAAUACGAGGGAAUUACGGCGCGAUAGGCCCUCCGGGUCUGUGGUAACUUGGGAGGAUACGGAGACAAUAGGGCCGUAA